GAAAAUUGGUGUUUGGCAACAGAAAAGGAAAAAGCAAAAAGGAAGAAAAAUUCUGCCAUGGUGGCUACGCGAACGGAAAUGGCCAACCAUGUUGGUCCAUUGGUCCAGCCUAAUUCGAAACCGGUCAACCACGCCGGCCAGGUUGACCCGAUAGAUCCAUUUAUCAGUAUCAACCCUGUUGAUCCCAUAAUUCAGCAGGGACCGGUUCAACACAACAUACCUCCCCGUCGAUCGGAAAUGGGAGAUCCUGAACGCUUUGCGGCAAUGGCAGCGCAAAUCGAAGCCCUGACACGGCAAAACGCAGAACUCCGUCUACGAGUAUCAGAGCAGUCUCAUCGCAAGGAAACCCGUGGUAGGCGGGACGAAGAAGAGCACAACAGCCGUGUUGGCACUCAUAAUCAACCAAGAAGAGGACACCACGAAGAGAACUUCAAGCAGCAUGCAAGUCGAAACGAGGAAAAUCGGGUGAAUGAUAGCAAAAUCAGUGGUACCCAAGAUAGACAUGACGAACUCAACAGGAGGAUGGCAGAGUUUGACAAGAGGUUCACCAACCUGGAGAUGGAGCGAAAGAAUAAAGGGAAGGACACCUUCGUGGAGAAGAUGUUGCAGGGAACCAGUUCACCUUUUUCCCCACGUGUGGAGGAAUAUAGGUUGCCUGAAAAAUUCAAGGCUCCUCCUAUGAUGAGUUACAAUGGGGUCGGAGAUCCAGUUGAACACUUGGAAGAUUUUCGGUCACAUGUGUGCCUCCUUGGCAUCCCAAACGAGGUGGCUUGCAGGGCCUUCCCCCUCACUUUAUCAGGAAGUGCCCGGAACUGGUUCAGGAAGCUGCCCCCGGGCUCAGUCGACAAAUUUGAAGAUCUAGGUCGGGUAUUCUUAACUCAGUUUAUGACUUCACGGAUCCGGAAGAAACCACCAUCCUAUUUGCUGACUCUGAAGCAGCGCAAUGAUGAAACCUUGAAGCAAUUCAUAACUCGAUUCAACCUAGAGAAGACAGAAAUUGAAGAACCCUCAGAUGACCUGAUAUACUCGGUAAUUUAUCAUGGGCUCUUGACCAAAGAACCAGUGAUGAGGAAAAUGGCACGAAAACCACCGAGCAAUCUACAAGAAUUGAUGAGCAAGGUACAAGAGUUCAUCAAUGAGGCUGAUGUUCUGGAAGCAAUAGAUAGCACGAGACAUCCGGGGCAAAAAGAAGAUAAAAACAAAGAAGACUACUUCCAGGAUUGGGUGUAG